CAAAAGUCAAACUCAAAUCAAAACCUCACAAUUUGCUGCUGUUGUCAAAUGAACGGAAUUUUAAAACGAUUUCUAUAUUAAUUGUGGAUAACUGGAUAAAGAAUUAUCAGUUUUAUUGAAUGUUACAAGAUAAAUAAAAAUGACGCUCACUAAAAUGGAAGUGGAUUCCGUAAAGGGCGAAGGAUUUCGACCCUACUACACAACAAAGAUCGAAGAGUUGCAACUCAUCGUCGCCGAAAAGUCCCAAAAUCUUCGCCGACUUCAAGCGCAAAGAAAUGAACUCAACGCGAAAGUGCGUAUGCUGCGCGAGGAGCUACAGCUUCUGCAGGAACAAGGUUCUUAUGUCGGCGAGGUCGUGAAGCCCAUGGACAAGAAGAAGGUAUUGGUAAAAGUUCACCCGGAAGGUAAGUUUGUGGUGGAUUUGGACAAAAACGUCGACAUCAACGAUGUCACCGCGAACUGCCGCGUUGCGCUCCGCAACGAGAGCUACACGCUGCACAAGAUCCUGCCGAACAAAGUCGACCCCCUCGUGUCGCUUAUGAUGGUAGAGAAGGUACCAGACUCCACCUACGAAAUGGUAGGAGGCUUGGAUAAACAAAUUAAGGAGAUCAAAGAGGUCAUUGAACUGCCUGUCAAACAUCCUGAACUAUUUGAUGCUCUAGGUAUCGCACAACCUAAAGGUGUAUUGCUGUAUGGCCCACCCGGAACUGGUAAGACUCUGUUAGCUCGCGCUGUCGCCCACCACACUGAGUGUACCUUCAUCCGUGUCUCUGGCUCGGAACUGGUGCAGAAGUUCAUUGGAGAAGGAAGUCGUAUGGUGCGUGAACUCUUCGUCAUGGCUAGAGAGCAUGCUCCAUCCAUAAUAUUUAUGGAUGAAAUUGAUUCCAUCGGUUCAUCUCGUAUUGAGUCUGGUAGCGGAGGAGAUUCUGAGGUGCAGAGAACUAUGUUGGAACUUCUCAAUCAGCUGGAUGGAUUUGAAGCCACAAAGAACAUCAAAGUUAUCAUGGCCACCAACCGUAUAGACAUCUUGGACCCAGCUUUGCUGAGACCUGGCCGUAUUGACCGGAAGAUUGAGUUCCCCCCACCAAAUGAGGAGGCUCGUUUAGAUAUUCUCAAGAUUCACUCUCGGAAGAUGAAUCUUACUAGAGGCAUCAAUUUAAGGAAGAUUGCGGAGCUGAUGCCUGGAGCUUCAGGUGCAGAAGUGAAAGGAGUGUGUACUGAAGCUGGUAUGUAUGCUCUCCGAGAGCGCAGGGUCCACGUCACUCAGGAGGACUUUGAAAUGGCUGUAGCUAAGGUGAUGCAGAAAGACUCUGAAAAGAAUAUGUCUAUCAAGAAACUUUGGAAGUAAUUUUUUUUUUUGUAAUGCUAUUCCUAAUUUUAAUGUAAUAAAAAUUCUUAACAAAUUA